UAUUGGGCAACGCGGUGGUACUGAGAGCUGGGUCGCUAGUUCACAGACUUUUUCCAGUUAGUUAGUCGCUCGCGAUAGGUGCGAUUGCAAAGAUGGCUUUUCUAACUAGCUAUUGGCUACAAGUGGUGCUCUCAUGGGCGGUGGUGGCCUUUGCCACUGCCACCGUGGUGGUGGCGGUACAGAAUGCCAAAUUGGAGCAGGAUCUGCGCGAUGUCCAGGAUAAGAUUGAUAUUUUCGAGAAUCUAAAUCGUGACGGACAGAGUCGAGUUAAGCGCGAAGAUAGCAUUGAUUACCGUCUGCCCACGUCUGCUGUGCCCACUCACUACGACGUUUACUGGCAUCCGGAUCUGGAAACAGGAAACUUUACCGGUCAGGAGAAGAUUAGCAUCACGGUGGUGGAGGCCACCAGCCAAAUCGUUCUCCAUGCCCAUCUGCUGGAAAUCACAAGUGUCUUUACCUAUACCAACAACCUGCAAGUCGAGAGCUACGAGUUAGAUGAGGAACGCCAGUUCCUGAUCGUAAACCUGUCGACGGAGCUAGCAGAGAAUGCCACCUUCACUCUGGGCAUUUUGUUCAAUGGCCAGAUGAAGGACAAGCUUGUGGGUCUAUAUAGCAGCACCUACCAAAAUGAAGCCGGAAAUCAAAGGACUAUUUCCACUACGAAAUUCGAACCCACAUAUGCCCGCCAGGCCUUCCCCUGCUUCGAUGAGCCGGCUCUGAAGGCCACAUUCGUCAUCACGGUGGCCCAUCCCACUGGCUCCUACCACGCUGUUUCCAACAUGCGACAGGCAUCGGAUCCCACAAAUCAGGGAGAGUACUCGGAGACCCUGUUUGAGACCAGUGUGGCGAUGAGCACCUACCUGGUGUGCAUCAUUGUAUCCGACUUCUCCUCCAAGUCCACCACUGUCAAUGCUAAUGGCAUUGGCAACGACUUCUCCAUGGAGGCCUUCGCCACUUCCCACCAGAUCGACAAGGUGGAUUUCGCCCUGGAUUUUGGAGCUGCUGUGACAGAGUAUUACAUCCAGUACUACAAUGUGCCGUAUCCAUUGCCGAAAUUGGACAUGGCUGCCAUCCCUGAUUUCUCCUCUAAUGCCAUGGAACACUGGGGCUUGGUUACCUACAGGGAGACGGCUCUGCUCUAUGACUCGAGUUCUAGCUCCACUGCCAACAAGCAGUCCAUUGCAGCAGUUUUGGCCCACGAGAUCGCCCAUCAGUGGUUUGGAAACUUGGUCACCAUGGAGUGGUGGAAUGAUAUUUGGCUAAAUGAAGGCUUUGCCCGUUUCAUGCAAUAUAAGGGGGUCCAUGCCGUGCAUUCCGAUUGGGGAAUGUUGGAGCAAUUCCAGAUUCUCGCACUGCAUCCAGUAAUGGUGUACGAUGCCAAGCUCUCCUCUCAUCCCAUUGUCCAGCAGGUGGAUACGCCCGAUGAGAUCACCGCCAUUUUCGACACUAUUAGCUAUGAAAAGGGAGGCUCUGUGAUCAGAAUGCUGGAGCACCUAGUCGGUUCGGACAAGUUCGAGGAGGCGGUUACCAACUAUUUGACAAAAUAUCAGUUUGCCAACACCGUAACUGAUGACUUCCUCUCCGAAGUGGCUGCCGUGGUCACCGAUUUUGAUGUUAAGUUACUUAUGCGAACGUGGACCGAACAAAUGGGCUAUCCGGUACUGAAUGUCUCGAGGACAGAAACUGGCUUCCUGGUCACACAGCAGCGUUUCCUCUCUAACCCUGCUAGUUAUGCGGAGGCCCCCAACGACAGCGAAUUCCAAUACAAAUGGAGUGUACCGAUCACCUAUAAGUUGGGUUCCUCAUCUGAAACCGAAGAUGGCUCCGGAAUCUUUUAUUACAAUGAAGAUUCAUACUCCAUUCCUGCCGAUAGCAAUCAAUGGAUCAAGCUCAACUAUCAUCAAUAUGGCAUGUAUAUUGUAAACUACGAGGAGAUCCUCUGGAAUCUACUUAUCCAGCAGCUCACCUCAAGCCUAAGUAAUUUUGAAGUCGCCGAUCGGGCCCAUCUCCUCAACGAUGCCUUUGCUUUGGCGGAUGCCAAUCAACUCUCCUACAGGAUUCCGCUAGAAAUGACCGGAUACUUGGGCUCCGAACGCGAGUUUGUGCCAUGGUAUGUGGCCGCCAAUAAGCUGACCUCUCUGCAUCGCAGUCUUAUGUACAGCGAGGGAUAUGUUACCUUCUUAGCCUAUGCCAGGAGUAUCCUCAAUGGGGUAUACAACGAAGUCGGCUGGACUGUUGAUGCCGACAACCACUUGAGAAAUCGCCUGAGGGUUUCGGUCCUGUCAGCUGCCUGUGCCCUGGGUCUUCCCGAUUGUUUGCAGCAAGCUGCCCAGCGCUUCAACUCUUUCCUGGAGAAUCCCACAACCAAUCGGCCCUCGCCCGAUCUUCGGCAACUUGUCUACUUCUAUGGUAUUCAGCAAUCCACGAGCCAAUCAACCUGGGAGCAAGUCUUUACUCUCUUUACCGAGGAAAGCGAUGCCAGUGAAAAGUCGAAACUGAUGGAGGGGUUGGCGGCUGCUCAGGACCCGCAAUGGCUCUUUGAAUACCUCAAGAGAGCUGAAAAUGAGUCUAUUGUUCGCUCCCAGGAUUAUUUCACUUGCGUUCAGGCAAUAGCAGCCAAUCCUGUGGGUGAACCUGUGGUUUGGGAAUACUACCGGGAGCAGUGGCCUCAGCUCACCGCAAGAUUUGGCCUUAACAACCGCAGCUUUGGUCGACUAAUUGCCCAAAUCACGAAGAAUUUUGCCAGCACCAUUAAGUUGGAGGAGGUGCAGCACUUCUUUGAGAAAUACCCGGACUCCGGCGCGGGAGCUAAUUCCCGUUUGGAGGCCGUGGAGACGAUCAAGUACAACAUUGAGUGGCUGUCCAGUAACCGCGAUGACAUCAACAACUGGCUAAAUGGAACGGGCUAGCUCUUGACCAAGAAAAACCAAUUGUAAAAAUAUAUUGUACAUCAAAUAAAAACACGACAAUUAACUGUUAACUAGAAUUGCAUAAGUAACAACGAAAUUUCCGUUCAAGUUCAAUAAAAUGAAAUUCCAAAAUCAAACCAUAAAUAAAA